AUGAGUGCUAUAUCGGAAGUGCCUCACUUGCAGAGGGCUGAUCACUUGGAUGAUCACCACCUUGAAGCACAACGUUCCCACCAGUACGAUCCAAGCUUGGAUCAAACUCACAUACGUGAGCACUCCAACAUCGCUGUACCAGAAUACGAUGAAGGACUUCCAACUGCCCUCCAGUGGCUCCAAAAGGUUUUCGCUGAUCCAUUGGGUAAGGUUGUCAGAUACUUUAUCUCACUUUUCCCAAUUCUUAAGUGGAUUUUGCAUUACAACUAUAAGUGGGCCUAUGGUGACCUUGUCGCUGGUAUCACUGUUGGUGUCGUGUUGGUGCCUCAAUCUAUGUCAUAUGCCACUUUAGCUGGUUUAGCUCCUCAGUAUGGUCUUUACUCGUCGUUCGUCGGUGUUUUCAUUUAUUCAUUCUUCGCUACAUCCAAGGAUGUUUCUAUUGGUCCAGUUGCCGUUAUGUCCCAACAAGUUGGUAAAGUUGUUGCUAGAAUCUUAGAAAAGGAAGGUGACAAGUAUUCUGCUGCAGAAAUUGCUACUUUCUUAUCCUUGAUUUGUGGUGGUAUCGCUGCUGCUAUUGGUGUUUUGAGAUUGGGUUUCAUUUUGGAAUUCAUUUCAAUUCCUGCUAUCAUGGGUUUCAUGAGUGGUUCUGCUUUCAAUAUUAUCUGUGGUCAAGUGCCAGCUUUAAUGGGUAUUAGUAGUUCCUUGGUGAACACUAGAGCUGCAAGUUAUGAAAUUGUUAUCAAUACCUUGAAGAACUUGAAACAUAGUAAAAAAGAUGCUGCCUUUGGUUUGGUAGGAUUAUUCAUUUUGUAUGUGUGGAAGUUUUCUACCAACUACGGUAUGAAACGUUGGCCAAGAUACAAGGCUUGGUUCUUUUACACACAACAUUUAAGAAAUGCUAUUGUUAUUAUCGUCGCUACUGCUAUUUCUUGGGGUAUCGUUCACCCACAAAAGGUGAAGUUCCACAGCAGUACCGGAAAAACAUUCAAGCCAAGUAUUUCUGUUAUUGGAGUUGUUCCUUCAGGAUUACGUGACGUUGGUGUUAUGAAGAUUCCACAUGGUAUUUUAUCGUCAAUGGCUGGAGAAAUUCCUGUUUCUACCGUCAUUUUGUUAUUAGAACAUAUUGCUAUUGCCAAGUCCUUUGGUAGAGUUAACGAUUAUAAAGUUGUCCCAGAUCAAGAAUUGGUUGCUAUUGGUGUCAAUAACUUGAUUGGUACAUUCUUUAAUGCUUACCCAUCUACUGGUUCUUUCUCUAGAUCUGCAUUAAAGGCUAAGUGUGGUGUCAGAACUCCCUUGGCUGGUAUCUUUACAGGAUGUGUUGUCUUGUUAGCUUUAUACGAAUUGACCAGUGCAUUCUACUACAUUCCUAAAGCUAUCUUGAGUGCAGUUAUUAUUCAUGCUGUUUCUGAUUUAAUCGCUAGUUACAAGGCUUCUUUGAACUUCUGGAAUGUUGCUCCAUUAGAUUGCGGAAUUUUCCUUAUUGCAGUUAUAAUUACCGUGUUUGCUUCCAUUGAAGAUGGUGUUUACUUUGCCGUUUGUGCAUCAGUCGUUGUCUUAUUGUUCAGAGUUGCUAAGCCAGAAGGUGUGUUCUUAGGUAGAAUUCAAGUUACCGAAGUUGUCAACCCAAUUAUUACCAAGAAGUCCAGCGAUUCGGAGAUUAUUAGCGUUGGUGAAGAAUACGAAGGAAAACCUGAAUCGACUUCAAUUAACAAUUCGCAUUCGACAUCUGACGAAGAUAUUGAAAUUCACCAAGUGUUGAGUAAUGGAUCUAACUAUAACUCCACCUCAAACAAGAAAGAUACUACCUUAUCUAAGGGUGAAAACAAGGUUGAAUAUCCUAACACUACCAAGAAUUUGUUUGAACAGUCUCCAAAUAUCAAAUUUCACACCAGAUGGGUACCGUUGAACCACAAGAAUAUAAACAAGCACUUGAACGUAUUGCCACCACCAGAAGGUGUUCUUGUAUUCAAGCCAAUUGAAACUUUCACAUAUCCAAAUGCAUCCAGACAAACAGACAAGGUUAACGACGAAGCCAAGAGGCUCACUAGACGUGGUAAACCUUACGCUAAAGAUACUGGUUCAAGACCUUGGAAUGACCCUGGUCCAUUAACCUGGAAAUUACCUUUCUGGAAGGAAAAGUUUGGUUCUAAGUUGGACCAACUCGACGAAGUUGAUAACAGACCUCCAUUAAGAAUUGUUCACUUUGAUUUCAGUUCAGUUGCCUCCAUCGAUGCUACAUCCAUCCAGUCCCUUGUCGAUUUAAGAAAGGCAUUAAAUGCCUAUGCCGACAGAGAAGUUGAAUUCCAUUUCUCAGGAAUCUUAUCCCCAUGGAUCAGAAGAGGUUUGUUAAAUGCAGGAUUCGGUUCUUAUGAAGCUGAUGGAUUAAUCAGUGAAACUGCCUACGUUCACAUUGGAACUGAAUACGAUCUUGAAGCUGGUAAGAAUUUCGAGAACGUUGACCAUGGUUACUAUGCAGCUGUUGAAACCAACACUCCAUUUUUCCACUUGGAUAUCCCUGAUUAUGUUUAA